UAAAACUCUGAAGCGCUGACAGGCUGUGAUGUGGGAGCCCACUUUGAUGCGCUCCGAGUCCUUUGAACGGUACCAGGAAACGAGGAGGAGGGAGCGGGGAGGAGGUCGGUCCAGGAGCCGCUGAGUACGUCGCUGCCUUCACUGUCACCUGUACCUGAAGGGAACACCUGUUGCCGGUGGGCUGUUAAAGAAAAAGAAGAAAGAGCGCUCAUAUUACAGACGAGGCCCACUUCCAGUUUGCCAGGCAGCGACUUGCUGUCCACAAACUGACGCUCAACUUGGGGACUUAAAGAAAGUCGUAAAUGAUGCGUUUGUAAAAGGAAAUAUGUUCGCUGAUCCUGAUGCCCGAGCUUCAAGCAGGUAAGACUGAGCAUGCUGCAGGUUGCAUGAGUGACAGAUAUGGGGUCAACUAGAUCAUAUUGGAACACUUUCACUGUGGUGACAGUUCUUUGCCACUUUUUGACUAUGCACAGUGUAAGGUCAGAGGUCCAAGGAAAAUUCGGAGGUUGGGUGGAGCUUGAGUGUACUUUUCCUGCACCGGAUCAAGCAGCCGUGUCCUCUGCAUCCCUGCAUGUGGUGGAAUGGGUGCGAAAGGGACUUGAGAUUCCUGUACUGAUUAAAUUUGGAUCCUAUGCACCUCGUGUCCAUCCACAGUAUGAGGGUCGGGUGUCUCUAUUGAGAAUCACAACCCUGAGGCUGGAGCGCCUGCAGCUGGAUGACCAGGGCUUGUACGAGUGUCGAAUACUCCUACUGGAUAAAUCAACAGAUGAGGUGCGAAAUAGCACCUGGACUCUCCUUUCUGUAUCUGCUCCGCCCACCUUUACUGAAACACCACCACCUGUGCUGGAGGCCCUGGUUGGAAGUCACCUCUCUCUUGCCUGUGUUGCUAACGGUAACCCUUCACCAACCAUCACCUGGCUAAAAGAUGGCAAUGUCAUUCAGAGCGCAAAUGAUCAGGGAGGAGUCUUAUCUCUGCCAGCAGCGAGCUCGCAGACAGCAGGACUGUACACCUGCCACGCCUCCAACUCUGAGGGGAACGUGACUUGCGUGACAAAAGUGAAGAUCAAAGGUCCACCUGUCAUUGUCAUCCCCCCCAAAAGCACAUUUCUCAACAUGUCCCAGAAUGCACAUCUGCAGUGCCAAGCAGUGGCUGACCCCCCCAACAUGACUUAUGUGUGGCUGAAAGGUGGAGAAAACGUCUAUCACGUAGAGUCUCUGAAGUCGCGUGUGAAGAUCAUGGUGGAUGGAACUCUGCUCAUCUCCAGUCUUAUCCCAGAGGACUCUGGAAACUACACUUGUGUGCCGACCAAUGGCCUGCUGACUCCACCAGCUGCCUCUGCCAUCCUCACCGUGAUGCACCCAGCUCAGGCCCUUCAAAUGCCCCAGGAAACCUACCUUCCCACAGGUAUGGAUGGUGUGGUCCACUGCCUGGUUGCAGCGCAGCCUCCGUUGCUCCGUGUUGACUGGAUGAAAGAUGGAGAACCCCUUGACCUGUCCUUGUAUCCAGGAUGGACCUUAAAAGCGGACGGCUCUUUGGUCAUGGCUACGGUUAAUGAGGAUGCAGCAGGCAUCUACACCUGUACACCAUACAACAGCUAUGGCAGCAUGGGUUCGUCUGCUUCCACCAAUGUAAUUCUGCAGGACCCGCCAUCAUUUAGCAUCACUCCAGAGAAGCAAUACGAACAGGAGGCUGGCAGAACGCUGCUUAUUCCCUGUCAAGGAAAAAUGGAGUCAACAAUUAAAGUAACCUGGAGCAAGGUUGACCCGGUUCGUCGCAUUUCUUACUCCAUCGAACCCAACGGAUCCUUACUCCUUCAGCCGCUCAUUAAGGACCACCAUGGGGAGUGGGAGUGCAACACCUCAAAUCGUGUCGCUUCAGUCCAGGCCCGCACACAAGUCUUUGUCCUGGGAACCAGUCCCCAUGUGGCUACCUCUCUGUCCGUCUCUCCAGGGGUGAAGGAGGCCAACAUAUCCUGGGAGGCAGGCUUUGAUGGAGGAUCAGCACAGACAUUUUCAGUUUGGGUGAAGAAGAUUUCCGCUAGUAAUAAUGAAGGGAAGCAGGACUGGGUUUCCUUCCCCGUGCCUUCCUUUUCCGGCACCAUGCUGCAGGUGUCGAACCUGUCUGCUGCCACAGACUACCAGUUCAGCAUCCUGUCUCAGAAUAAAAUUGGAACAGGCCCCUUCAGUGAGAUUACCACUGCGCGGACCUUGGAUCCUCCCCAGAGGAGAUAUAAACCAAAGCCCCCUGUGUUGCUGUCAGCUAAUCAGGGCUCAGCAGGUGUUAUUCUGCAAUGGUCCCAUCCUGAAGCACAGCAGCCCCCCAUCACAGGCUUUGUUCUGCAAUCCCGCACCAAUGGAGAAGAGUGGAUUAAUCUGGAUGAAGACAUCAGCGCCAACAGUAGUGAAAUAGUGAUUCCAGAUCUGCAAAAGGACCGCGUGUACGAGCUGCGGCUGCUUUCUCAUCUCGGGGACUUGCUGAGCGAGCCCAGUCCAUCAGUCAACGUCUCCACCGCUGCGAUGGAAGGGUCGAAUCCAUCCACGUACCGACACCUGGAAUUCGUCCCGGAGCCGUUACUGGCCGGCGUGCUGGGUGGAGUUGGCUUCUUGUGCUUGGUACUGGUCUUGCUGCUCGGGUCUGCCUGCAUCGUCAGCCGCAAGAGGCACCAACGCCACAGAAAGAGGAAGGAUGACUCCCUUCCUGCCAUCUAUAAAUGCUCCACAUCAAUAAAGACUUCAGGCAGCAGUAGUCCAGACAGUUUGUUGAAGAGAAGCCUACUCCCAGCCGGCGCCUUAUAUCCCACAACUUCUUCUACCGCCACGUCCUCCUCCCUGCAAACAGACUCUUCCUCCUUCAGCAUCGAGAAUCAUCGCCGGCACAAGCGAUACACGUCCAACUACAACACAAGCCGCCUGUCUAAGACCACUUCUCUGAUUUCUCCUUCAAUAGAGUUGAUCUCUAGAGGCCCGGAUGGACGGUUCAUGCUCUCACCGUAUGAUAAUGACAAUUUGAGUGUUGACAGCAAAAGAAAUGUAAGCUACGACCGGCAUCCUGGAGUCAGAAGGUCUGUGUCACUUUACUCAGAAAGGGAAGACAGGAAAGAGUUGCCGUUUGUGCUGUGUGUCGAUUUUCCAUCUUGCAAACCUGAAGAUGAUCUUUCCGGCCAAAAGUGUGGCAUGGCCCAGCUGCCGCAUCACACUUCAUCACUUGAUGAUCACCAAGAAAGUUAUGAUGGCUUUCCGGAUUUCAGCAGUCUUUGCUCAAACGGUAGCCUGGCCACCAUGCAGCAUCACGACAGAGAUGUCACUCCAGAGUUUCCAGUGCUCCCGCAUAUCCGACAUGGCCUCUGUCAGCCAUCCACAACUGCAAGCGCCUUGGUGCUCCAAAUGGAGCACGAGCGGGAAAGAGGGAAUCUGAGUCGCUGCCUUAAACUGGCUCAGGAGAGAGAAGAACUUGAGCAGGAACUCCGGAGGUUCACGCUGGAGAGAAACUCCUUGAGAGAGAUGAAAAGGAUGCAGUCAGACACAGAGAGAUGGGAGGACGAUGGUGAGGAGCUUAUGUGGGAAUACAAGAGUCGCACUUUGCCGAGCAGCCGACGCAAAGGCAGCAAGGAGAUCUCUCGUCUGUCACAGAGCCAUUUCUCAUCUUCCUCUGUCCACUGGGAAGACCAUCCUCUUGUUUCCAAGCCAGCAUUGAUUCCGUCCAGGAACCGUCACCGUGCAUCUUCACCUCCGACUUGCUUUAUGUCCGACGAUUAUUCUUCUCCAGCCUUUGCCAAACAGACCAUGCUCCAAUCUGAGGAGGCAGGCAGUUUUUUGAAAGACAGAUUAACUCUCCCACACCUCUCCUCAAGGCAACGGGGGCAUGAAAGAAUAGAGGCAGCUCCAGCAGGCUAUAAUAAUUCAGCACAAUCUGCUGUCUUAGACAUUCAAACAAAUGAUUCAUGCUCUGAGGCAAAGAGACAGAACAAUCUCAGUAAUGGCAGCCAUUCAACUUUGUCUUUCCAUAGUAGGGAAUAUACUGAAGGAUAUAAUAUGACAGUUGAUGCAGCAGCAGACUCUUCAAUAUUGAAAGUAGCGUUCCCUGGACCCACUGACGAAGACUCGUCUAUUGAGAUGAGUGUAGACGAACCGGACGAACCAGUGUGUGUAUUGCAGCCAACAAGGCCCAUGCUGCACCACAGAAUUGCUUCUCAUUUGCAACAUGGCUGCUCGCUCACCCAAAGAGGCCAGCAUGAAGCCAUGAGGAGGAGCACAAGCUUUGAUUCCAACAGGGUUCAUCGUUCUCUGCUACCUUCAGAACCACAGCCCUGGAGAGCUGUGGGUCCACGUUCAAACAUCUGGGACAUAAGGCAGCGAAGUCAGAGCCUAGACUUAAGGAAACACAAGAGGAGUGCUUUUCUCACACCAGACGCAUGGAUAGACUUUCUCAGCCAGCAAAAUUGCUUAGUUGCAUCCUCCAGUAAACCAGACUCCCUCUUCUCGAAGCCUCAGAGGUCCCCUCAAAGAAAUACUUCCAAGUAUCCUGCAAAUUCUCCUCCAGACAUCCAAACUGCCCUCCAUUCACCCCCUCUUGUGGACCAUUUAUCUUCAAGGAGCAGUCCACAGAGGCCAAGCCCAAACCCCAGCAUGGCUUACCACUAUGAGCCAAGAAGCUCUGCAUCACUCCCAGUGAAAGCUGCCAAAUGGCCAAUAGCCCAUCAAAAGGAAAUGAAAGAAGCAGGUUUUACAGAUGCCUUGAAGGAAGUUUCCUCACGUUUACCACCCAGCAGCGACAAACAAGAUGUGCUGGAGGUAGAGGCAGGAGGGUAUGAGGAAAUGCCAGACUCUGGCAGCAGCUACAGCAGUUACGCCAGCAGUGGCCGAGGCAGCAUGGAGCCCGGAAACAGGCGACUCUCCUUGUGUCAUCUGUCCCCGACCCUCAUCAGCUCGCCUAAGACUAUAGAAGACACAGGAGCAAGGACAUUGGAGAAGUACAGUCCCCAAAUGGAAGCGAGCCAAAGGAGAAAGCCCUCAGUAGAUGAGAAUUAUGAGUGGGAUGCUGCUGAUAUCAGCUCACAGCCUGGAGACCACGAUGGCCAACUUUCUUCGCUGGAUCUACAGAAGUCUGCUCCAUGCUUUAGCCCUCCCAGCAUGCAGCGCUCCACUAAAGCAAAGAAAAAUUGCACUGAGCUUUCCUGGCUCCCGGGGAAUCAAAGCAGCUGCUCUGCUGAGCCAGAACCAGACGCCGUGCUGUUCUGACACUGCCAACCUUCGGCUCAUCUCGCCCGGUGUGUUGUUUCACGUAUCGACUCGGAUCACAAGCUGACAAAAAGCACAUGUGGCAGAAAGUGAGCUUUUCAUUGAUCAAUCCCAUUCCCCUUUGUUUUUUCAAGCCAUACACACAUGCGUGCAAACACACAGAUGCAAAGAAAGGCCAAAGGACAAGGACGGCUUCAGUGGAGGAGGGUUGUUCUCUAUGGUCUCUUAACCUUCAAUUGAAAAAUAAGUAGAGGAGAAAUUCAAAGCUUUAAAAUAAACUUUGCUUCCGGACCCAUCACACUGGGUUCUCUUGUGUAGUUUGAUAUCUGUGCAUUCAUCAUGCAGGGAUGACUCAAUACCACAAGGAACAAAAUAGUCUUAGUCAUCAUCGAGUUUCUAGCUUAUGCUCAGAAUUAUGAUUCUGUAAUCACAUGUCAUCAGUUGAGCAAACUAGGUGUUUAUGGAAUUUAAAUGAAUGAGGAAGAUGAAUAGAAUGGAAAAGGUUAUUGAGCAGCCUUUUCUUUAGCUUCUAAAAGUGUUCUGUCCCAGUAGAAACAGUGAUCCACUUCUCUGCUAUUAAAAAAAGAGGACAUUUUAAUCCCAAAAGCAGCUCGUUCUACUGAGUCUUAGUUUCCUCUGUUUUUCUUUGUCGGGGGAAGCAACACAUGCAUGGUCUGUAAUUGAAGUGGGUCAGCUCAACCUCUUGGGUUUCUCCUUCAUUCAUUUAUAUAUAUAUAUAUUUUUUCAUGAGUUAACCAUUUCUUUGCUGAAGUAAUUUGACAUAAAUUGACAUUAAUAGCAUUAGAUUUUAUUUUUCUUUUCUUAAACUUUUUUCCUUUACAAGCUGAUUUUGACCUUCAAAAUUUGUUAAUUGUCUUUCUGUCCCCAUGAGAAGCUAAUUCUCAUGCAGAGGUUAAAUCAAUUUAUUCAAGGCUUAGUUAUGAGGAUUACUGUAAUCAUGUACUGUAUGUAAAAAGGAAAGAUCUAUGUAGUAAUGUAGCCGUCAUACGUCCAGCUGAUGCUUCUUAAUAUAAAAAUGUAAUUAGCGUGUUUAAAGUAAGAAUGUCAUUAAGCUCCAUAAUAAAGUGAGUCAUUCCAAAAAUGUGUGCAUGUGGAAGAUACAGAUUGAAAUCUGUGUCUUCAAGUGGCUUUGAAAAAUGAUCCUGCUGUGCUCUGACAUGUUAUUUUUCUGUCACUAACCCAGUGAUGUUGCAGCUUAAAGCCAGUUUCCUAGUAACAUGAUGUGUUUACAUGUAAUCAAAACAACCUAUAAAUGGCGCCCAUGAUGAUGAUGAUGAUAACAUUGUAAAAAGAAGGUAUUUUAAGCCAAGCAAUGAUUUUAUCAAACUAAUGUUUUUUGUGGAAACACAAAGUCAAGAUGUUGUGUCUACAAGACGGAAUACAAAUAAAAAUCUAAACCAUUAACCUUUACAUUUAUGAUUAAGUAAGUAAAAGUUUCCUCCUCAUAUGCUGCCUGAGUUAUUUUGAUGCUGGAUGCCUCAUACUGAGCGUAAGAUUUGUCCAGCGUUAUUAAAAUCUGACCUUGAUUGGAAUCAGUGCUGUCAGUUAGCUGUAUGUCAACUCCAGAUUGCACUUUAGCUGUAUAAUUUAUACAGUUUUGCAUAUAAAAGGUGGAAAUCUUUCCUGUUGUUAGAAAUUGUUUUAAAUUUGCAACAUUAAUUGUAUGUCAUAUAUUUUAAGUCCUUGUGAAACUGACUUAUUCAAAUAAAUUGGAUAACAGAUAACAGC